AAAGCAUUUGACUCAUGAAAUUCUUUGCUUAUGAGUCGUCCUGGGCGCUCUGAACGCCUCGGUGGAGUCACAUGUUGGAGGGCCUGACAUUUGAGUUGCCAGAGAUGGUACAGAAUGUACAGCUGGGCCCACGUUCCGCUCUGUCCCCUUCUCUCACCGCUGCUGAACUUUUCUUUUUUUUUUUUCAAUUCCAGUGAGUUCCAGUAAAUUUACUGUUGGAACGUUGUGGGAUUCCUUAAUAGGUGCACACGACCGAGGAUGCUGAGGAUCAUGCAUGGGUUUUUCAAAUGUUUUGAUUCCCAUCAUGGCUAUCACACAGUUUCGGCUAUUUAAAGUUUGUACCUGCUUGGCAACUGUGUUCUCAUUCCUGAAGAGAUUAAUAUGCAGAUCUGGUAGAGGGCGGAAAUUAAGUGGAGACCAAAUAACUUUGCCAACUACAGUUGAUUAUUCAUCAGUUCCUAAACAGACAGAUGUUGAAGAAUGGACUUCCUGGGAUGAAGAUGCACCCACAAGCAUAAAGAUUGAAGGAGGGAAUGGGAAUGUGGCAACACAACAAAAUGCUUUGGAGCAACUGGAACCUGACUAUUUUAAGGAUAUGGCACCAACUAUAAGGAAAACUCAGAAAAUCAUUAUUAAGAAGAGAGAACCAUUGAAUUUUGGCAUCCCAGAUGGUAGCACAGGUUUCUCCAGUAGAUUAGCAGCUACACAAGAUAUGCCUUUUAUUCAUCAAUCUCCUGAAUUAGGGGACUUAGAUACCUGGCAGGAAAAUACCAAUGCAUGGGAAGAAGAAGAAGAUGCAGCUUGGCAAGCAGAAGAAGUUCUGAGGCAGCAGAAGAUAGCAGACAGAGAAAAGAGAGCAGCAGAACAGCAGAGGAAGAAAAUGGAAAAGGAAGCACAGCGGCUAAUGAAGAAGGAACAAAACAAAAUUGGUGUGAAACUUUCAUAACAAAUGUUCUUCAAAUGUCAGUGCCAGUAGGAGAAAUGUGAGCUCCACAACCCAAGCAACAUUUGUAUGGCUCUAAGAGUAUUUUCAGAAUACAAACACACUACCAGAUUUUAAUUCAUUCAUCAGAUGAUCCAAGAUACCAGGAUUUCCUGAAAGUACCUCGAACUUUUAGUGAUUGAGACUAAAAAGACUAUGAGACAAUAUUUUCUUCAACAUGCUCCAACUGUAAGACAAUUGUUUGCUGCGGAGAAAUUAUUACAAAUGAAAUAUACCAGUACCUCUUCAAGCUAGUGAUUCUAGCUAAACAAAAGGGUGUAAAUAAUUUAUGGUAGGAAAGAACUCUGCUGUCUAUAAUGCUUUCCUUCAAUGUGCAUAAUGAUAAAAUAAAUAAUUUUAA